CGAGUUUGCCUUCUCUAGUCUCUUUGUUGCGUGUCUUUCAACAAUAUCAAACAUGGUUUAGAGAUUACAAAUCCAGAAUAGCGUGACUUUGUGACGUAACAAAUAUCACACGGUUGUCAUAAGAGAUCAUGAAUGAAACUGACAUAAGCUUUACAACUUCAGUCAUUUUGAGAUAACUUACACUCAUUUUAUCAAGCUUUUAAAACUCAGGCUAUGUUCGAACGUUUAUCGACACCGUAGGUCUUUGGAUAAAAUAGUAAUAGAAAAAAGAAUCGCCGGUUUCUACAAGCAGUAUAUUACGUAGUUACUGAAGGCAAGUUAGUAGAAGAGGGCUCAUUUAGACGGCUCGUUCCUACGACUAAUGGCUGGCUCGGUGUUAAUGCUGGCUGCAUUCCUGACAAUCUACGCAAAUAUUGGUUUUGUUCGAGGGUUCAGCUUUCUAGAGAAUCCCGUUUCAUGCGAGCCCAGGCGGGUGGUGAUGCCGCUUGACGCUCCUCGGCAUCGUUACGUGCCUUACUUUAUUGACGAUGUCUACCGAUGCAGUGGCGGCUGUGGCGGUAUCUCCCCUGAUACGUGGCAAUGCGUCGUCAAAACUCAGAACAACGUCACUGGAGUUGUGUUGGAGCUAGCUACCAAUGCCCAAAAAUGGAUCACGGUCGUAAAUGACACGAGUUGUGAGUGCGCGUGCGUGACGAAGGCCGGAGACUGCUCCGAGAAUGAAGAGUUUGUGGAGAGUAGAUGCAGUUGUGAAUGCAAAUACCCGGAUCAACCUCCGACCCCGUGCCCGGAGAGAUUCAGCUGGAAUCCCUUUCGAUGCGAGUGCGAAUGCGCUGGACCAGUAGCAUUUUGUCCCGCUGCAAAGGAGUGGAGUCAUCAAACAUGUGGUUGUGUUUGCACUCAGUUUGCAGUGGAAAUGUGCAAAUCUGAGAAAAGGUUUCUCAACGCGACCUCUUGUGAAUGUGAGGAUCCAAUAGUGAAACAAGUAGGGCCUGGAGUUACUGGCAAACGUACUGCAUUUUUGCACACAGCUGAAGAGACAAACUGGAAGCUGUUAUCCGGAAUACUAGCAGCCAUUAUCAUUGUUCUCAUUGUGGUAUAUGACGUGUACCUGUAUUUGAGACACGAUGACGGAAUGUUUCACUGGAUGCUUGACCAUUGUCCUUGCCAUCGUAAAGGUGACCCAGGGAGCGCGAGUAAUAAUGGCACCACAGGUAGACCAAAUGCAAAUCAAGACCAUAGCCCGUUUUUAGGCAAUAAUGAAAAGUAAACGGAAUCUGAAGCCUCAGCAUAACAACGAUGUAAGACGUACAUUCACGUCAAGUUGGCGCUGGACUGGUGCCGAGUUGCGCCACUAACCUACUGGCCACUGGAAGAGUGUUUUCGACAAGUUAAAGUGUUUAAUGUAAAACUGAGUGCAUAUGUAUGUUUAGAGCUCGCCUGGGGGCAGGUGACACCACUCCGUGUGAAUUUAAUGCUAACUGACGACGUGGUUUAGUUUGGGAAUGUCCAAGUCACUGAACCUCAGUGAAUAAAAUUCAUUAGUUCGUAUAGUGUGAUCGUCCGGGUGAGGUGAACUACCCUCACGCGGACGAUCACACUAUACGAACUACUGAUACUCCUGGGUUCAAACCAUUUACUAAAUAAAAUUCAUGUCAGGAAGAAUUUUAGAGACAUAAGGAAUCACCCCAGUCGUGCACCCCACUUAAGCAGCUGCGAAGAUAAGUUAAACGCCUUAAAAUAAUUCAGGUUUGAACGGGAUGGUUAAACUUCUCAAGAUGUUUUUAGAUGAACUGGUAAAAGCCAUCGCACAACAAGAUGUACAAUAGGUUAGGUAAUCAUAGGCGAACUUUAGGUAACCCUUCAGUGAGGGAAGUAGUUCAUGUUAAGAGUUCUCCUGUCGAUACUUGUGGUCUUUUGUAUUGCCAAACUAUUUAAAGCUCAGGCCCCCUUUACACUACGCCGGAGAAAUUUGAAAACGGAGGUUUCACUAUGAAAACGUGAUGCAUCAAAAUUUUCCGUCCACAGUA